CCCAGAUCUAAACACGUACCUUCUGGUUGCUGUUUUCUUACCAAUAUUCUGUUCUGGAAUAAAGUACCUACUGGAAGACCAACAAGUUUCUUGAGACUUGUCUGUACCCUGAUUGAGAAUUAUUCUGUUAGAUGUGUGCAGGAUUAGUUGGAGAGAUCAGAAGCGGAGGCUGGUGAUAUCAGCUAUAAUGUGGUCAUGUUAACAAAAUUUGUUAAUGGACAUAAAAUUCAAAUGAAACAGGUGUGAAAUGAUGAUGUUCUUAAUGAAGAUAAAAGUUUUAAUAUUUGGGUAUUUGCACUUAAAAAUGCACAGGAAUGAAGUGCUAUACUCUCCCAGUCCUACCAACAUUUAUAUUAUUUAAUAAUGUUCAGAAUUUUUAAGUUUAUUUGAUAAUUCUUUUAAAAUAGGAACCAAAUUUUCUGCUUUUAAAAAUUAUCCCCAUUACUUGUGUUUGAGGUAUGAAUGACACAGGAAAGAAACAGUUCAUACUGUGUAGAUGUCUUAUAUUCCUUUCAUCUAUUCUAAGCAACUGCUAUGAGCCAUUCUGAAGUAUCCAUGUGUUGAUUUCUUAUGGCUGCUAUAACAAAUUACCACAAACUCAGUUGCUUAAAAUAACAGAACUUUAUUCUCUCACAGUUAAGGAGACCAAGAGUCUGAAAUUAUUAUCACUGGGCUGAAAUUAAGGUGUAGGCAGGGCUCUGUGCCCUCUGGAGGUUCUAGGGAAGACUGUGUUCCUUCUUCCAGCUUCUGGUGGCUGCCAAUGUUGAUUGGUUUGUGGCUGCAUCAGUCCAAUCUCUGCUUCUGUGGUCAGAUUACCUUCUCUUCUUCUGUCUGUGUCAAAUCUCCUCUGCCUUCUUAUAAGAUGGACCACACAUCCCCGACCUACAUGCUUGCUAACUUAACCCACUUACAUUCUGAACAACUUCUACAGGGCCUGAAUCUUCUUCGUCAACAUCACGAACUCUGUGACAUCAUCCUUCGAGUAGGUGAUGUUAAAAUCCAUGCUCACAAAGUGGUACUUGCCAGCAUCAGCCCAUAUUUCAAAGCUAUGUUUACUGGAAACCUUUCUGAAAAAGAGAACAGUGAGGUUGAGUUUCAGUGCAUUGAUGAAACUGCUCUCCAGGCCAUUGUGGAAUAUGCCUAUACAGGGACUGUUUUUAUUUCACAGGACACAGUUGAAUCUCUCCUUCCAGCAGCAAACCUACUGCAGGUAAAACUUGUCCUUAAAGAAUGUUGUGCAUUUCUUGAAAGCCAACUUGAUCCUGGUAAUUGUAUUGGAAUUUCUCGCUUUGCAGAGACAUACGGUUGUCAUGACCUUUAUUUGGCAGCCACUAAAUACAUAUGCCAGAAUUUUGAAGCAGUUUGCCAGACUGAAGAGUUUUUUGAGCUUACGCAUGCUGAUUUGGAUGAAAUUGUUUCCAAUGACUGUUUGAAUGUAGCUACUGAAGAGACUGUUUUUUAUGCACUUGAGUCUUGGAUCAAGUAUGAUGUCCAAGAACGCCAGAAAUACUUAGCACAGCUACUUAACAGUGUACGAUUACCAUUGCUGAGUGUUAAGUUUCUCACUAGAUUAUAUGAAGCAAAUCAUCUUAUUCGUGAUGAUCGCACUUGUAAACAUCUUUUGAAUGAAGCUCUGAAGUACCACUUUAUGCCUGAACACAGACUCUCUCAUCAGACAGUCUUGAUGACACGACCUCGCUGUGCUCCCAAAGUACUUUGUGCAGUAGGAGGAAAAUCUGGACUGUUUGCCUGUUUGGAUAGUGUGGAGAUGUACUUUCCUCAGAAUGACUCUUGGAUUGGUUUGGCACCCCUAAACAUUCCUCGCUAUGAAUUUGGAAUAUGCGUUUUAGACCAAAAAGUGUAUGUUAUAGGUGGUAUUGAAACUAACGUACGUCCUGGCAUCACUAUCAGAAAACAUGAAAAUUCAGUCGAAUGCUGGAAUCCUGAUACAAAUACCUGGACUUCUCUUGAGAGAAUGAAUGAGAGCCGAAGUACCCUUGGAGUAGUGGUACUUGCAGGAGAACUUUAUGCUUUAGGUGGUUAUGAUGGACAAUCUUAUUUACAAUCUGUAGAGAAGUAUAUUCCCAAAGUAAGAAAGUGGCAACCUGUGGCACCAAUGACUACAACAAGAAGUUGUUUUGCCGCAGCUGUGUUGGAUGGAAUGAUAUAUGCCAUUGGUGGGUAUGGUCCUGCCCACAUGAACAGUGUGGAGCGUUAUGAUCCAAGUAAAGACUCCUGGGAGAUGGUUGCAUCUAUGGCAGAUAAAAGGAUUCACUUUGGUGUGGGUGUCAUGCUAGGUUUUAUUUUUGUGGUGGGUGGACAUAAUGGUGUUUCACAUUUGUCAAGCAUUGAAAGAUAUGACCCUCAUCAAAAUCAGUGGACUGUGUGUAGACCAAUGAAAGAACCCAGAACAGGAGUUGGUGCUGCAGUAAUUGAUAACUACCUUUAUGUAGUGGGUGGUCACUCAGGGUCUUCCUAUCUGAAUACCGUGCAGAAAUAUGACCCUAUCUCAGAUACAUGGCUGGAUUCAGCUGGCAUGAUAUACUGUCGCUGCAAUUUUGGAUUAACUGCACUUUGACAAGUGUGGACUUGUGGAAAUAGCGUAGUGAUGAACCUUGUGCUGCAUGAAAGGAUGCCCAGUUUUCUGAAGCCCAAAAGCUACAUUACUUUCUUUUUAACUUGAAAUGGCAUGAAGACUCAAAGUUUUGUUGGGUACUUUGAACUGACAAGUAGCUUUGGUUGCUCUUGAUUAUACAGUGAAUCGAUAAUCCAAGAAAAAAAAAAAGGAAAGAUCUUGCCAAUUGAAUUGUGCACUUUUUUUCCUAAUACUGGGAUAGAAUAGUUUUAUGUUCAUAAGUGUACAUGUGGAGAAAACCUUGCUGCUUUUUUAAAAAAAAUUUAGCUUUCUUCCUUCUUGUUCUGCACCGUUUUUUACCAGGAUGAGAGAUACUUAGAUGCUGGAGUAUACUGAGUGACUAGACAAGAGUGCUGAUACUAUCUGUUGGAUAUAAAUUCAUAUGCUUCACAUUUUAAACAAACAAAGGGCUGCUUUUUUUUUUCUGGUACUUUUAAGGGUUGUAAAUUACAUGCCAUACUGAGUCACCUGGAUAUUCUUACUGCUAAAUGGCUUUAGGGCUGGGGAUGUAAUAAGUUUGCAAGAUAAAUGCAUUUACUGUCAUGAUUUCGGGUCCUAUUUUAAGCACUCAGAUACUUACUGUGUAUGCCUUUUUUAUAUGGGCAGGUUAAUGCUGGAUGAAUUUAGUUACCCAUCUAUGGUAUGCUAAGCAUGGAUAGAAAGAGUUAAGCAUAUCAGUUUCAAUUUUUUUUUAGUAGUCCAGCAGGCUUCCCAGUGUUGAUGUAAAUAUUUGAUAAAUGUUUAGUACCACCCUUAGUGCACAUUGAGUUUUUUCAUAUAUGCUUACAAUCAUUUUAGCUUUUUUAAGACUUUUGUUUGCUUUUUCAAAGUAUUCAGAUAUAAAAAUGGUGCUAACUGUAGGAUCUGUAACAAGGCUAUACCAGUGUUCUUUUGGAUGUUAAAUAUGAGAUAUGCAUGACAUGUUUUGAUAGUAUUUUUCAUUUUUACUGGCUUGGUUCAUUUGUGCUUAUUAAAAAUGUUAGUGUUUAUAGUAAUAUUUACAUCCAAAAAACAUUCAAAUGGCCUGUUAUGCUUUUCAUGGUUCCUGAAUAGUGAUUUAAAGAAAGAUACAUUUUAUCUUCUUUCUUCUUGUGCUAGAUGUUAUAUGCCCUUCUUAAAAACAGAAAUAUAUGCAUUAAAUAUAAAGCACUAGGCAGUUAAGCAUUAUUUUGUACAUUUCUUAGGUAACUGAAUAUUUUAAAGUUAUUGAGGAAAACUGGAACUUGAUGUUUACUUGAGUACUGGUUCUAAAUUCAGUUCCACUUUGACUAAAUAAACGAUCUUUUAAAGCAAAAUUGUUUGCUUUACCCAAGUGACAGCUUAUUUAAAAGAACUGGUUAAUUCAUUUUGUUUUGCAUGUUUUAGUAAAUGUCUCUUAAUCUUGAAUACAUUACUUUGCAUUUUAUUAGGAUGUUGGUACUUGUAUUUUUGGUACUGUAGUCAUUUUGUUUUCCUUCUCUUGAUUUUUUCUUUCUCUUUUCUUUUUUUUUUAACUGCCCGCUAUCUCUUUAUAGUCUCUACAAAACUAUAUUUGUUUCCUAAGAAAAAGUUCAUAUUGCAUUCUUAAGUGCCAUAAUGUUCAGAACUAUUGUUAAGAAGCCAUUUGUAAUUAUAAAACAUAGGUUCAUUUCUUAGCAUAUAUGUUAUUUCUUGAAAACUAUUUAUAGCCAGGCAAUUUUCAGUUUUCCUUGUUCUUCCAUAAACUGCCAGUUGUAGACUUAAAUAUAUACUGCAAAACUGUGUGAACUCAUCUUUAGACAUAUAAGUAGUUUCAUGCUUUAUGAAUAUUUGCACAGAUUAUAAAACCUUGCAAGUGAUUUUUAGUCUCUUUCUAAUUAAGAACUCAACAGGAGCUACUAAUAAAAUUGACAGGCUGAAUAUUUUCUAUGUUGCUUGUUUGAAUAACUUAAUGAUAUAUAGCAAUAACUUUUUAAUUGAUUUGAAUAAAUCUGUUGAAUAGAAACAAGGUGCACUAUUGUGAUUGGCCUAGACUUUAUUUAAAGAAAGCAAUUUAUAUAGAUUCCAUCACAUACUUAAUUUUAAAUCCCCAUCUCAAUUUUCUUUGUUUAUAUCAA